AUGACUCAUCAGGUUGAAAGGAUUGUGGACAAGAGGAAGAACAAGAAGGGGAAAUGGGAAUAUCUUAUCCGUUGGAAAGGCUAUGGCAGCACCGAGGACACGUGGGAGCCGGAGCAUCACCUCCUGCACUGUGAGGAGUUUAUUGAUGAGUUCAAUGGGCUGCAUGUGUCCAAGGACAAGAGGGUGAAGUCAGGGAAGCAGGCUGGAGCCUCUAAGCUCCUUCGUGACACCCGCAGCCCGCCAGUGGAGAGACUCUCCCACAGGCCUCUGGAGCCCGGGAAGAGCAAAUCAACUUCCCACAAGCGCAAGCGUAUCAACUCUCCUCUGUCCAGGCCCAAGAAGGGGUCUUCAGGAAAGGCCCCUGGGGCUGGAGACAGGGCUGCUAAGACUGUGUCUUAUAGGACUACGCCCAGUGGCUUGCAAAUCAUUCCCCUGAAGAAGACUCAGAACGGCUUGGAGAAUGGAGACGCUGGUUCCGAGAAGGACGAAUCCCACUUUGGAAAUGGGUCCCAUCAACCAGAUUUGGAUUUGAAUGACCAGGUUGGAGAGCAGGAUGCCAGUGAUUGUGAUGGGACCCACUCUGCGCUGGUGGAGAACGGAGUUGGCCCUGCUCUGACCAAUGGAGGCCUGAACCUGCACAGUCCCGUGAAGAGGAAGCUGGAGACAGAGAAAGACUACGUCUUUGACAAGAGGCUCAGGUACAGCGUCCGCCAGAAUGAAAGCAACUGUCGGUUUCGUGACAUCGUGGUGCGGAAGGAAGAGGGCUUCACACACAUUCUUCUCUCCAGCCAGACUUCAGAUAACAAUGCGCUGACGCCCGAGAUCAUGAAGGAAGUCCGACGGGCACUGUGCAAUGCAGCCACAGACGACAGCAAGCUGCUGCUGCUCAGUGCCGUGGGCAGCGUGUUCUGCAGUGGCCUGGACUAUUCCUACCUGAUCGGCCGGCUCUCCAGUGACCGGAGAAAGGAAAGCACACGGAUCGCAGAAGCCAUCAGAGACUUCGUGAAGGCCUUUAUCCAGUUUAAGAAGCCCAUCGUGGUAGCCAUCAAUGGGCCAGCACUGGGCCUGGGAGCAUCCAUUCUACCCCUCUGUGACAUCGUAUGGGCCAGUGAGAAGGCCUGGUUUCAGACACCAUAUGCUACUAUCCGCCUCACACCUGCUGGCUGUUCCUCCUACACCUUCCCCCAGAUCCUGGGUGUGGCGCUGGCCAAUGAAAUGCUGUUCUGUGGGCGGAAACUCACUGCCCAGGAGGCAUGCAGCCGGGGUCUUGUGUCCCAGGUCUUCUGGCCCACGACAUUCAGUCAGGAGGUCAUGCUGCGGGUGAAGGAGAUGGCAUCCUGCAGUGCUGUGGUUUUAGAGGAGUCCAAAUGCCUGGUCCGAAGCUUCCUCAAGUCAGUGCUGGAAGACGUUAAUGAGAAGGAAUGCCUCAUGCUGAAGCAGCUCUGGAGCUCAUCCAAAGGCCUGGACUCCCUCUUCAGCUACCUGCAGGACAAAAUCUAUGAAGUCUGAAGGCCCCAGCCUGGGAGCCCCAUUGCUCCAGGGUACCCGACUUCCAGCUGGGCCCUGUGUUUCUGCCAUCGGAGCCCAGGGUCUACCCUAGCCAAGAGUUUGUCAGGGUGUGUCUUUACACCUAGGGUUGUGUCCAUUCCUCGUGUCCUUUGGUUGUUUCUCAUUGGUUUGAUUUUGUGUAAUGGUGGGAAAUGCAGUACCCUUGGCCUCCCCAUGUCCCUAUCUCAGCCAGCCCUAGAUCUUUCCAGGGUUACAGCUUCCCAGGGCUCUGCCGGGCACUGCUGACCUUCCCCACCAGCUGAAAUGCUCCACCACCAUGGUCCAGAAGGGGAAGACCAACCUCCCCCAUCCUCCUGACUCAGGCUGUGUCUACACAGUGCCUCCAACUUGAGAUGAGGCCAUCACGGUUCUCUGAUGAAAUGAUCUGGGACCAGGGGACAGUCAUCUUAGGGAAUCACAGACCAACAAGCACGCGACUAACACGUGACUAUGUAGGCCCCGUAGGCCCGGCUUCAGUCUCCUCUCCAAUGCAACGCAAUGCGGUGUGACUCUUAGGGCUUGGUCUUAAAACCCAGCUGAGUGAUUUACAAACCCAGAUAUUGUACAUUUAGAAAUGUUUUGUUAAAUAUAUAUUUUUAAAACAAUGUAAGUGGAAAUUCUGAUAAUUUAUGUGUAUUAUAUGUAAAGCUAGUUUUGCAAAAACAUGAAUUACUAGGAAAUUUUUUUCUGUAUUGGGAUUUAUUUUAUUUAUUUAUUUUUGUUUAUAUAUUAUGAAGUCUAUUGUUCACACAGAUCUUAUUUUCAUACUACCCUGGACCAAAUACUAUUCAAGGUUCAUGCCGUUUGGUGCACUCCCACAAUGAGCCAUGUGGAAAGUUCAGAGAUGAGAAUGGAAGACGUUUUGUGGAUUUAAAAGGAACAACGCUGUGUCAGAUCCUCUCCAUACCACUCUUAGAACAUGAUGCCAGUUCUCCAGUCUUGUUUUUAGGACAAGUCAUGGUGGGUUUUUCUCUGUCACUCACUGUCGUUAAGGAGAAUUGAGGACUCUUGUCACCCCAAAGGGUCUCAAAGCAGGACCCCGUCCUUAAAUGUGUGAUAUUAAGAAAGGAUAGGGUGCAGUCCUAUUUCAGGAUGAAAUAUUCCCUAGGGUGAGGUAUUCGUUCGUUCUGAGAUAGAGGAAUGGGCUUGGAUUUCCGAGAUCUUUCUUCAAUAUGGAUGUUAAUGUCUUGGUUAACCUUCUGGGAGUGUUGAGAAAGAAAACUCAGUCUCAGGAGUUUCUGUAGGGUCCACACCAUUUUACUUCCAGAAGCCUGAACAAUGAAUCUUUUUUUUUUUUUUCUAGCUGGGAGAAUACAAGGGAGCAGUAUCCAGCAUGGAGGUCUCCUUGCCUCAAUGGCCCUGGGCUAUUGGAGGCCUCCAGUAGCUGUGUUUGUGUGAUCCAACUCAAGUCCCUGGGUCUGCAUGGGUGGACUUUGGGUUUGAGUUUAUGAAAAGUCAGGAAAUGGAAGGGACCCAUUAUGCUUGGCGCCUCAAACCUAUUUGAGAUCAUGUGCCCAGAGAAAAUUAGACCGUCAGGGUGCCUGGAUAGUUCUAGAUGUGUUCCAACCUUGACCUCUGUUCUUUCUCUUCAUUCCCUCUGAGUUCCCAGUCUUUCUUGAAAAGCCCUUCCUUGGGGAACAUGGGAGGCAGCACUGAGUUGGCACAGCUUGUGGAGGGGAGGUGGGCUGCAAAGAGGGAAAGCUGGUUUUCUGGCUGCACUUGAUGGGAAUGGCUACCCCAGUCACAAGUGGAAGGAGUGUGUGGCCUUGGCUUUGAAUGACACAGGUAGCUGAAUAUUUGUAUGAGAACUGGUGAAGUGGCCCUCUAAACAGUGGUUCCCACAUGGACUUGGCCUUGUGAGCCUUAGUAUGGCCUUUCACACUAUAGAAAGCGUUAGAGGUUAGAAGGGUUCAGGAAGAAAGAAACUUCACUUCUGCAUUCUCUCUCAGCCUGUGCCACCUUGGCCAUGAGGAGCCUGGAGGUACAGCCGCCUUGGCUAUGUUCAGUCAUAGGAAAAUGGAACUGAAGCCUGUGGCUCCCUGGUGUCCUGGUAGAGCACUGUAGGAGCCGUAGACUUGGGUGUAGAGAGUUCAUACAGGAGAACACCUGACUCUACCUGGCGCCUGUUGUUGAAACAUUCCCAUUAGAUGAGUUCCAUGUGCACUUCCUCCAAACUCCUAAGGUAGCCCUUGUUCUUGUACAUGUCUCCAAGACUCUUCACUAUUGCUGCCUCCCCUAUAGGACCCGCCCCCUGUGCUUUCUCAUCAAGCCAGCUUUGUCCGUAGGGAGGCAACGGGUCAGGAUUCUUCCUGGAAAUGGAAGGGGGUGUUUAGAAAUUCCCGUUAAUCAGUGUCCAUCUCUGAGCCCUGUUGAUACAAUCAGAAUUGCUUCAGUGUUAGAUCUUUGAUGAGCACCAAACCUCUGAAUGUGUCAAGAACCUGUGAUGACUGAGGUAGACAUGGGACUAUUUCCAAGGUGGAAUUCACACUGCUAGUUUUAAAAGACUGUGUUUUGUCUGUUUGCAAAAAGUCCUUUCAAUAAGAUAGUUCUGCUACCUGGGCACACAUCAUUUAGUCAGUCUGCUGCAGGGCUGGCUGAACCACUGGAAUGGCUGUGUUUCAAGGUAGCUGUUGGGGUAGUGUAUAGUUGAAAUGCAGCUGACCUCCAGCAUAUGGAGCUGGGGUGGAGGGGACCAGCCCUGUGGUUGUGUUCCGAUUAUCCUAAAAGCUUUAUAGAGGGAGGGUGCUGGCUUCCAUCUUCUAUCUUGUACCCCAGUGUCCUCUCUCUGCCCGUGAGGUCCUCCUGCUUGUCCCUUUACCUCCCUUGUUAUUUUCCCAUGGCGUCCUUUCCUAGGGCCCAAGUAAGUCUUUAAGGAAUUGUAGAUGGUCUUGGAAGGCCCAACUCAGAGUUCCUUUCAAUUUGGAAUGACAGCUGUGGGUGAGAAGUAAAGAGUGCCACUUCUGAGUCAAGGUCCCUUCUAGCAAGCCACUCAGGACUCCCCGUGUCUGCCAUAAUGUUGGUGAUGGCAACUUCUGGCACGAUGAUAUGACACUGCUGGAGUUAGAUGCUUUGAUCCUGAGGGACUUCUGAAGAUUGUGGUUGAGAUGGCCAGACCACCAGAGCAUGUGGAAGCCACCUUGUAAUGUGGAUAUUCUUCUAUUUAGGUGACCCUUUCCUGCUUAGAAAUAAAGUCUGAGGGGAAACACGUAUAUGCCGAGAAUGAAGUAACUACAUGAAGGAAGCUUAGAAACGACUUAAAAUAUUAUUCUUGGGCAUAGAGCAAACUCAGAAUUGUCCUCUCAGAAGCGUGAAAAGAUGAGUUGCCCAUGUGAUGUUCGAUAUGAGGAUGGGAAAAUAAUCACAGUAGACUUUGAACAAUGCAGUUUUAUCUCUGAAUCCCUCUUUUACAAAUAGCCUCACUGAAUGCUGAACUAUAUCCCCCCACUACUAACUGCUGAUUUCAAAAAUCUCUUUAGAAGUUUGUAAUUUCUUUUAAAUUUGUAUUUUAGUCCCAUUCACACACUUUUUCAAUCUAGUUUCUAUAGAAGUCUUUUUUUUUUUAAAUAGAAACAUCCUCAAAUCUUCCUAUGGAACAUUUAGAAGGAAGGCUUGCUUCUCUCCUGUGUUUCUGUAUUAAGAUACUUAGAUUUGUUGUAUAUAUGAGUCAAGAUGCCCUCACUAAUAUACACAGUAUUUAAGACUCCAAAUGAGAUUUCUUAAGUAUAUUAUUUUAUUCUCUGUAAAUGGUUUUGUAAACUCUUGGAAAUCUACACUUUUUGCCUUUGCAGAUACAUCUUUGGGGGCUUGUCUUGCAUGUGUGUUUUUUGUUGUUAUUGUAGCUAAGUGCCGCUUAGUUCUUUCUGCGGGUUUUUGUUGAAAUGCUUAGACUUUAAUACAGUAUAUAUAUUUUCAGAAUAUAAACUUUUAUAUUUCUGUGGUAAAUUAGGACAUGCGUUUUAGGCAAUCUUUUCCAUUAAUAUCACUUCUUCCUUCAAAACAAUAUAUCACAUGCUGGUUUGGUGCCAAUUUUUUUUAAUCAAAUGGUCUUACAUCAUUAAGAAAUCCAGUCAAUUUUCUUUUUUCUAGAAGUCAUCGCAUUUGAAAUCUAAUUUGAAAAUUACUGAAUUUGUGGAAUAAGCCUUACCAUUAGGUUCAAUAAUCCUUCUGACCUUCAAAACUAUGUGAGUAGUUCAAGCCCUUCCUCCCCCAUAAAUUCUCACUGUGUGGCAGUUGACGGAGUUGUGAACAGAGCCUUAAGGUUGUUGCAAAAAAAUAAAUAAGUAAGUAAAAGGAUAAUACGGGUUGUUUCCUCCAUGUAAGCCAUGUUGGUGGGCUCAGUGCAGUCUGUCAGUAGCUCGUGGCUGAUCUGAAGAGAGUGGUGGAGCUGAUGGCGGCAGGGACCAGGUGGAUUCCCUGGUGAAUGUCUUUGGCUGGUAAGACUGGACCCAGGACAGGUUCUCUGAACCACUUUCAUUCUAGUCACAUGGUUCAGAGAUAGUGACAAGGAGGGCUGCUGAUUCAUCAUUUGUUCUAAACAAAUGACCUUUCCUGCUUCUGACCCUGGUGGGGACCCCAGGUUCCUUGUGGGUGACCUGAAAAAUGUCCAGGGUAGCUGAAGUCAGCACUCUCUGAGAGAUGUUAACAAAGUUUACGUAAGAGUCUUACUGUGUAGACAAUCUGGAGUCAGUUUUUGUUCCAUCAUUGGUAUUGCCAUGUGUCCUUGGUGUUUCUGUGAGGAAUUGUGUGUCAAGCCAUACUAGACUGGAGUUCAGCAGGAGGGACGUACUGAAGAUGCAGAGCAUGUGCAGCAGGCCAGCUGGUCUAUCCAGGCCUGAUUCAGUGGCACAGAAAUCACAGCUUUUAUCAGCAGUGGGCCCUGUGUAUCUUGGAAUCUAAUAGAGUUAAUUCUCAAAAAUUAAAUUACAUUUUUUUGGUAGGUGAUACUCCAGCCAUCACCAGCUGAUUCUCCAUAUCAACCCUUGAAAUAGGAUCUUGAGUUCAGAGCUGUGUGGCUAAGCAUGUGAUCCUUCUCUAGGAAGUGUCCAAAGUCACCUUCUUAGCUAUUAGGAUUGAGAUUGGCAUGUGCCCAUGUGUCAGUCAGAAGACCUGACAUCUAGGGUUAAGAUUCAGCCUAGUAUCUCUGGGUUGGCCUCACCUCUUUGUCCCAACAUCUAGUCUGAUGCUAGAGCUUGUUAAGUUGACUCUGGGAAGUUCAGAGGGUGUAGAGUUUUCCAUCUAGUAUUUAAUUUGCCAUUGUGCCAUUAGUUCCAGCUUGAAGUUAUUUUCUAAUGUCUAUAUUAACAAGAUUGUAAAAAUAAUUGCCUUUCAUAAAACCAAGGACCAAAGAAUUCCAUUAUUCCAACCAAGCAUGGGUUUCAUAUACUGUAGGCACAUCUGGGUCCAGAUGUGUGAGCUUCAUGGCACAAAGGAACCCUUGGUUCCCCCAAACUCGUGCUCCCCCUGACUGGCCAUGCAGAGAAGUUGAAUAUCUUGUUGAAAAGGUUCUGAAGGAGAGUUUCUGAGAUUGGAACUUAGUAUCUCUGGUGGGUGUUUCUGCUGUAUAGUCUCAAGUUUUUAUUUAUCCCAUUACAAAGAGGAGCUCCGGGUUCCCACCAGGUGUCUGACCACUGUAGACUCUUCCAUCUGCUUGUGGGCCUCCAGCUGAAGUUUUGCAGCCAGGUCUCCAGGGAUAUAUCCUGUGACUGCCAGAUGUCCAUCUCUUUAGUUCCUCAUCAAGCCAUUCCACUUCCUGCUUGGUAGAGCAGGAAUUUUCCUCAGUGCCCCCACCAGGGGAUGCCCCAUUCUCAUUCAUGAUGAUGUCAUUGACUUCUUAACUAAUCCAGAGAUGACCGAUGUUAAAGAAGUGCUAUUCUAUUGGUAAGGCUUAUUACCAAACUUCUGAUAAUGAUAAUGAAGCAGGCUACCAAAAACGUAUCCAGCUCACCCUAGGAGUGUUUGGGUUUGAUCAUGGAUGUAGCAUACACACCAAAAUCCAUGGAUACCUUUGCAGGCUAGGUUACUAGUAUUCUUUUGCCAGAUUUUCACAGGAGAGUCUUUAGUUCUGGAUACUUGUAAGUAUGAGUCCUUCAUAGAGUUAUAUGCAGGUAUAGCUGGCCCAUUCUCCAUGUUGUAAAUAUUUUCCCCAAACUGGGUGCAGUACUGAGGGUAAUAAUCUUCUGAUUUAUCAAAUGCUGACUGUCUGGAGCAAAUCGUCCACUCUUUGUGAAUGGUCCUGUAACGUAUAUGAACAUAUUUCUGGGUGCCUUAGAAGUUGUAUUUUUCAUGUGUGCUAAUAUGCAGUAUUUAUACAUUGUGAGAAGCUGCUUUGAAUAAAAAGAUUGAAACUU